CGUUAUUCUGGACACAACAGCUCUGAGAUCUUCAAGGUCUACAGAACUUCUACAGAUUCUUUCUGUCAUUGUGAAGAAACAUCUUGAAGAAUGAGAAGCCUGAUGUGUUUGCUGUUCCUGGUGAUCUUCUGCUCUGUGCAGAUGACUUCAAGCUCUACCCUUUCAAUUGAUGGGGCAAACUCAAAGUGUUGUGGAGAGUUCAGUAAUGUGAAGAUUCCUGUGAAACUGGUGACGUCUUACUACAAGAUUGACACUAGCAGCAUAUGUCCCAGGCGUGCUAUUGUGUUUAAGACAAUUAAAGGGAGAGAGUUCUGUGUUGAUCCAGAGACCCCCUGGGUGAAGAGUCAUGUUGCUAAAGUGGACAAAAGAACAACAACUGCUACAAAAGCACAAACUCAGAGUCUCACAGUCUAAAAGAAGCUACACUGUUUCUAUUUAAAAUGUGCAUUUCAUAUUGUAUAAUUAAACCUUGUGCUAUUUCCGAUGUGUAUAUAAAAUAUUUUAUUUAAAGAAUAAUUUAUGCGAUUGGGUUCAGUUGUUUUAAUAAAUUAUCAAUGAUACAAAUAUCA